AUGGCUGCUAAAGGAAAGCUAAGAACUAGAGACAAGUUGGUGGCUAUAGGAGUCAGCAGUGAUUGUAAUUGUGCCUUGUGUAAUCAAGGUACUAAAGACUGCCAUCAUCUGUUUUUUAGAUGCCCUUUUAGCAAGAUGGUAUGUCAUGGCCUUAUGCAGUGGUUAGGCAUAAGGAGCUCAGGAAUUGAGCGUGUAUACACACAAUGGAAGAAAUGGGGUAGAAAUCAUGGGAGUAAAAGAAGGCAGAAGAUUGGUUAUGCUACUUUGGCUGCAGUUGUUUAUGAAGUGUGGAGGGCUAGGAACAGUGUUGUGUGGAAUCUCAAGGUUCCUUGUCGUGAAGCUGCUGUAAGAAGAAUUCAGAGGACUGUAUGUUCCAUGGUGCAACAUCAGGUGACAAGUAAAUGGUCCAGAGAAGAUAUUGAGUGGCUGGAAAAAUUAGCUACAGAGGCAAACUAA